AUGAGCAUAAGUAUGUAAUAACUAUAUUAAUUGGAUAUAAUGAAAAGAAACAAUAGGACAGGAACGGUAGGCACUUUUGUGCUUUUAUGUACGCCCCUUACAGCCCUCUUAGGAAUGGGAUAAGGUCAAUAGUAGAUAGUUUUUGGUUAAAGAUUUUGGGAUUUUGAGAAGAGACCACAGAGUCAGGUAGUGUGUUCCAAGUGUUAACGACUCUGUAACAAAAUCAUAUUUUCUGCAAUCAAGUUUGAAGCGGUUAACAUUAAGUUUAAAUCUAUUGUUUGUUUCAUUCAAUAUACCAGAAACUUUCCCGAUUGCAAACUCUUUUAAACUUUUUACUCAUAACGUUACCUAUAAUCUCAUGCUACCUCUUAUCCUCUCCUUUUAAAAUGUAUUUUAUUCGUGUACAUUUUUCAGGCAAAAAAGAAGUUUGCUUCCAUGCCUGCUCCCCGCACUCCUUCCAUUCAUUAGCUGCUUGCAAAGUAUGGGGCUAACUUUCCAAGAUUUUCACCACCUUUUUUUUUUCUUUCUAAGGCAAACCCCGCCAGCAUUGACCUCCUUUCACAACCGCCCGUUCCUGCUUUUCGUGUCUCGCAGAAGUUGGACUGGGUCACGAAGGGAAGUGAAGAAGAAGAAAAUUAUUCUGUAAGCGGCCACCUCCACUUCUACUGCGUUCGGAAGCGCGAAGAAAUAUUGGGCGACGGUCCCUAACGCAGGCAAACUUAGGCGUCGGUUUCAAGGCUCCUCCCUUUUGGUGAAAAGCAGACUGCGGGGUGCCUGGAAACCGGUUCGAGGAAGAGAGGGCUUGAGGGAUUGCCACAAAUGGUUAGGCGGCAGCGGUGGCGGAAGAAGAGGCGGCGGCGGCCGCAGCAGCAGCAGCAACAAGAAGCAGAGCAGCUGGAUCUUCUGCGCUCUGCCCGGCGGAGAAGAGAAGGUUGGCGGCGCAGUUGAAGAGUGCGCGGCGGCAACAGCUGCUGAGCUGGCUCCCUCCUGCCUUUCCUUCAUGAGUCUCAAGUUUGCGCUGGCAGGAGAUCUAAAGCGCAGCAGCAGCAGCAACCCGGCGGGCCGGGAAACGUCGUCGAUCGAAGCAGCGAAGGCGUCAGGAGCCAGCGAAGAAGUAUGGCCGAGAAGUGGAGUCGGCAAGUUUGCAGCGGAGCCAAAGCAGCCUCGCCUUCAGCAGGGGGUAGCCAGGCCCUAGGGCGCGCUCCCUGGCUUUUCCUGCUGCUGGCUGUGCUGCUUGUGUGGACAGAGGCUCCGAUGCUCUCCGCUCGGGGCCAGGCGCCACCUCAGCCGCAGUACAACGGCGAACGUGGCAUCUCCGUGCCGGACCACGGCUAUUGCCAGCCCAUUACCAUCCCGCUGUGCACGGAUAUCGCCUACAACCAGACCAUCAUGCCCAACUUGCUGGGUCACACGAACCAGGAGGACGCGGGUCUGGAGGUGCACCAGUUCUACCCGCUGGUCAAAGUGCAGUGCUCGGCGGAGCUCAAGUUCUUCCUUUGCUCUAUGUACGCGCCCGUUUGCACCGUUUUGGAACAGGCGUUGCCUCCCUGCCGCUCCCUCUGCGAGCGGGCGCGCCAGGGUUGCGAAGCGCUCAUGAACAAGUUCGGCUUCCAGUGGCCGGACACGCUGCGCUGCGAAAAAUUCCCCGUGCACGGUGCCGGAGAGCUCUGCGUGGGCCAGAACACCUCCGAGCGCGGUACGCCCACUCCCUCUCUGGGACCCGAGUUUUGGACCAGCAAUCCUCAACUCAGGCCCGGCGGCGGGGGCGGCGGAGGGAGCCACCUGGCGGACCGGGCGGGCAGGUUCAGCUGCCCCCGGGUGCUCAAGGUACCCUCCUACCUGAAUUACCGUUUCCUGGGCGAGAAAGAUUGCGGAGCUCCCUGUGACCCUGGACGCCCCCAUGGGCUCAUGUAUUUUGGGCAGGAGGAGCUGCGCUUCUCUCGGACCUGGAUUGGUAUCUGGUCUGUGCUGUGCUGUGCCUCCACCCUCUUCACAGUUCUCACCUAUCUAGUGGAUAUGAAGCGUUUCAGUUACCCCGAGAGACCCAUCAUCUUCCUCUCGGGGUGCUACACUGCCGUGGCUGUGGCCUACAUUGCAGGGUUUCUGUUGGAAGAGAAAGUGGUGUGUAAUGAGCGCUUUUCUGAUGAUGGUUCCCGAACUGUGGCCCAGGGCACCAAGCGAGAAGGGUGCACCAUCCUGUUUAUGAUGCUGUAUUUCUUUGGUAUGGCUAGCUCCAUCUGGUGGGUCAUCCUGUCUCUCACCUGGUUCCUGGCUGCAGGCAUGAAGUGGGGCCACGAGGCCAUUGAGGCUAACUCCCAAUACUUCCACUUGGCUGCUUGGGCUGUGCCAGCCAUCAAAACCAUCACUAUCCUGGCCUUGGGACAGGUUGAUGGUGAUGUGCUGAGUGGUGUCUGUUUUGUGGGCAUCAACAAUGUAGAUGCUUUGCGUGGCUUCGUGCUGGCACCCUUGUUUGUAUACUUAUUCAUUGGUACUUCUUUUCUCCUGGCUGGAUUUGUGUCUCUUUUCAGAAUUAGAACUAUUAUGAAGCACGAUGGCACCAAGACAGAAAAACUGGAGAAGCUAAUGCUGACCAGAAAGAAUGAUGAUUUAUGCUACCAGGAGGGGAAAAAAUGUUUGAAACCCAAAAGAAUCAACAGCCUGAUGUUUCAGUGUAGUCAUUUAUAUGUAAAUCUGCAAAAACUGUCUAUGAUUGGUUGAUAGUCUCUCUAUAAACUGUUACAGCUCAUACUUCUGUAAUAGGUUUAUACAAGAUGUGUCAGUUUUCAGUGACAAACUCAUUUUCAUAUUUAAUCGUUUCUAUGACACAACAGACUUGGUACUCUAAUGAUGUAUCGUUUCAAACUUUUUAUUUAUAUUCCUGCCAAAAAUAUAAUCUUUGACUAAUCAUAUCCUAAAAUGAAUAACUGUGUCAAUUUGGUACACAUUUAUUUCUGUUCACUAUGUCAAAAUCAUUUAUAUUUAUAGAACAAUAGAAGUUUAUAUAUAAAUAUAUAAGAAUACCUAUUUUAAUUUUUUAAAUAAAUUGUUUUGUACAGAAUUAUUUCGUUCUUUUAAAAUUAUUUACAGACAUUUCAUUAGCAUUAAUUGCACCUAUUUAAUACUAGAAUUUAAGGUUUUGUAUUUCUUUAAAUGCCCACAUUAUAUAGUAUUUUUGCCUUAAUUCUGUCGGUUAACGUAGAUGCCCCAGAUUGCGGUAAGUAGUAUAUAGGAAAUGAAAGCAGAAUAGCUGAUGGUAUCACUGCAGUAGAAGGUAAAAGGCUUAUAAUAGGUUGUUUCUUUUAAAAGACUGAUUGAAAGGAGCUUUUUCUCCUAUGCUGCUACCGUAUAAUAAAUGUAGAAAAUAAUCAGCUGUUCAAUAACUCUAGCUGAGUGUUGUCAAAACUAUAAACACAUAUGCAGUAACAUGACAUUAAAAAGACAUUAAAAAGAGAUAGCAUAAUUAAAAAGAGAGAGAUACCUAUCUAGAUACCUUUCCAUACCCUGAGUUCAUAAUUCUAAAAUGGUAAAAUACAUUUGAUUGUAGCUUUGUAAAUUUUAGUAUCAAAAUAUAUUUUAAAAAAUGAAGUGACCUUAAAUUUAUUGGGUAUGUCACUCUGUUCAGGUGAAUUUUACAGUUUUAACUGAAUAGCAUGUAUUUGACCUUUUUUAUUCAAAGCUAAAUGUAUGCAUAUAGAUAGAGAAGAAAAACUCUUGAGAUGAUUUUUACUCCUAGAAAAUGUGAUUUCGGAAUAAUGACUUGAUAUGUCAGGACUUUAAAUCUUAUUAUCACUCAACACUUUUUAGUACAGUUAUUUUUAUAUUUUUACUGUUAUUUACAUACACAUAUUUCAAGGAUCUUAUUUAAUAUGAAGAUAUAUUGUGUUUUGCAGCCAUCAAAAGCUAAGCUCAUCUUGAAAAUUUUUCCCCUAAAAAUCAUUUCACCACUGAUUUAAAAAUACAAGAGAGAUGACAGGAAUUUAGACAAAAUGCUAUUGUGUCUAUGAGGGGACAGUGAAUUAUCCAUUUUGAUUCCUCAUCUUAAAAAUAAGCUAUGGGAAUGAUUUAGAUUUAAAGAAUGAGAACUUUUAUUCUUCAACAAUUUGUUUGAUACGGAGUGGAAAGAUACUUUAUUUUUUGUCAGAUUUUUAGAAUAAGGAGAAAACCAUUAAUUUCUCAUCCCACCACAGUAGUACUGUUAAAGAUAAAAACUAUUUUUAGCUUUAUUUUUUAUAUUUUUAGCCAGUUUGGUUUAGUGAUUAAGGCACUAGGCUAGAAAGCAAAAGAAUAUGAGUUCAAGUCCUACCUUAGCCACAAAAGCCAACUGGAGGGACUUUGGGCCAGUCACUCUCUCUCAAUCCAACUCACCUCACAGGGUUGUUGUAGGAAAAUAAGAAGAGGAAGGUGUGUUGGAUAUAUUUGCCUCCUUGAGUUAUUUGUGAAAAUAAUAAAGGGAUAAAAAUAAAUGAGUAAUAAUUUUACAAUCUUCAGUGAGAUUGCAUUUACUAAGAAGAGGAACAUUUAAUACCUGACUAGUCUUCCUGGGAAAUCAAGGUUCAUUUAUAACAUUGCUUGUGGCUGCAGCUUCAUACCUUGGGUAAAUUUAAUUGAAUUCAGUGAAAUUAUUCUUGAGUGGAUGCAUGAGAGAAUUGUAUCACAAUGCAAUAAUUUUCUAGCAAAGAAUAUAUAAACCUCACACUACUGCCUAUUGCAAAUCCCAUUCAUUUCAGUCAGGGGAACCCAGCCUCCUAUGUGAUGUUGUAGCCUUUGUUUCUACGAAAAAAGAAAAACUGCCAGAACCCUUUGCUACCAUCCUAGCAAUCUACUUGGAUUUUUUCACGUUUCCAUAAAUUUCACUGGAAUUAAAAUAGCAAUCUUCCUCAUUCUUUAAAAAGAAAUUUACUUGCAAAUAAAGUGAUAGUGGGUGCAAAGUAAUUUGAUGUUUGGAAAAAGAAAUUGUAUGAAUGGAUGUAAAAACACUGACUUCCCCUCAAAAACAGGGCAAAGGAAAUAAUUCAUAUACCAAUGUUCUUAAGUGCAAUUGAUUUUAAAUUGCAAAAUUUAGGGGUGCUCACCUAUUUUUAAAACAGUUUCUUCCUGUGAAAUUUUUACGCAAAGGAGCUUUAUAAAAGGACACAAUGAAAGUCAGUGCUUCCAGACAAGCUUUUUAAUGGAAUUGCUUUGUCUUGCCUGCAGAAUUGUAUAUCUCCAUUCCUUCGUAAUAUUUACAAUUCUCAGAUUCUUCCUGUUCAUGUUUUCCAAUCGUGCACAAAAAAGUAUUCAUGAGAAAGCAAAGAGGGAAAAAAACAAUGGAUUUUAAAUCCAUCCAAUUUCUAAAGCCACCCACUACCCCAACAACUAAGACACCUUGGAAGCAAUCUGGCAACUGAAUGUUUUCCUCAGAAUCUUGAUUCUGACAAUUGUGUGGUUUGCUUGUAACUCUGAUUUCACAGCCUCUUUUGGAGUACCUGCAGUUUAUUAACAGACAGAGUUACAUAUUUUUCUAAAUUCAAUCACUGGAGGAAAGCAUCAUUCCAUUCAGUUUUCCAGACAUUCCAGUGGGCUGGCUAAACACAGCACUGUGUAUCAGAUUGGCAGUUGGUUUGGCUUGCCUUGUUCCAUGUUUCUAAAGUUGCCAGCUUCCAAGAGAGAAGACUUCAGUUCCCAGAAUUCUCAGAAACGGCUAUGCCAUCUGGAGAAUUCUAAAGUUGGGACGCCAUUUCAGGAGGUUGGAAAACACUGGUCUAGUUGCUCAAACAGCCAUUGUUUUAUCAGUUUAAAUUGUCUCAUUCACACUGCAGUUCAAUCCUAUCUACUUAAAGAUGCAGGGUGUCAAUAGUUGAAUGUUUGCAUGCAAAUGUUUAAAAUGCUAAAGGCUAAUGGGAUAGCAGCUCCCUUGAGGAAUUUGCUGCAAAUAGUGCUAUCCAUUGUAAAAACGGUCAGCAAUAAAGGUGACAUCAAGUGUUGUCACAUUGAUUACUGGUGCUUGAAUGUUCGAAGGGACCUUUCAUGUUAGAACCAAGGACCAUGAAUCCAAGAUCCACUGUUCUAGGCAAAUAUUCUUUGGAAAUCAUCCAACAAGACAUAAAGCAAUGGUAUUUCUAUGUAACAACUAGGUCACCUGGCUUUAUGACAACUAGGAUUUCAUAAUGUGCCUCCUUAGAUCGUAAACUUUGUGGGAAAUAAUUAUGUAACUGCAGUUCUUGGCACCCUUCCUAGACCUUCGAUUAAACACUUUGGUGGCAGACCACCAAUUAUGUCAUUGUGUAUGAUGGAGAAUGAAGUCAUUCAUGGUGUCUGGUGCAGCAUCCGUGCCACCCCGUAUCUGGUAGAAUGCCAGAAAAUUGUUCCAUUACCCUUGCAACUUUAAUGGAUGCAAUGUGGCUGCCUAACAGCCACUGGUAACUAACUCAUCAUAUCUAUCUUGUUGUUUUUUGCUUUUAGGCAAAUGUCCAUAAUGAAUUUUUCAGCAGUAAAACCCUUAAUUAUGUAUUAUAUAUACUUCCUUCUGUCAGGUCUUAACAUAGACUCAAUUUUACUGAAUAUACAUUUCUACAAUAUUAUGAGAGAGAAAGCUCUUGAGUUUCUCUAUUGCAAACUUAAUAAAUAGUGUGUAUUUCUAUGUAUGUGUGCAUGAAUGUGUAUGUUUGUGUAUGUAAAUAUAAUAUACUCAGGUGGAUUAAGGUAGACAGAGUCUUUCUUGAACUAAGUUUAACUCCUGGAGGCUCUGCUGAUGUCCUUGCUGAUAAAAAUAUAAAAUUGUUUUUUUAAUGGAAACUUUUAUUAAUUUUAAAAACUUUUUAUACCUGUAAAUACAUCUUAUUUCUGGUGAAGGAACACUGAUAAAAAAAUCCCAAGUGAAUUACUACAAUGAGUUCUACAUGGGCACACUUGAAGAUAAUUUGGAAGCAGCAGUGGUUCCAAAUGUGGUAGUGUGGGCAGUUGUGGGUGUUCCAUGGUUUGUCCAAAGGGCACCACCUUUUUCUGAACUACACUGGCUUCCAAUUGCUUUUGUAAUUAAAGGUUCUGUCUAUCAUCUUUAAAACUCUACAUGCCAUAGGCCCUCAUUAUUUUUCAGGACUGUCUCCCCCCAUCUAUCCAUUCCACUAUGUCACAUAGGGUAGGGAAAGGAUGCUCUAGGAUCCUUUCCAUACAUUUUGUUAUCUAAUAAAGCCUCAGAAGUGUUCAUUCUCUGUAACUGCCCCUGCCCUUUGCAGUAGCCUCUUACCAAAGAUUUGAAUGGCCACUAGCCCUUUAACCUCUCAGAAGGCCAUGAAAGCCUGGCUCUUCCCCCAAAUAUUGAGACAGGAUUGGGCUGGACUCAGGAAAUUAAAGUUAGAAUUAAUCUGAUACCUGAUGGGAAAAGCUGUUCAGUUUUAACUUGUUUUAUUGGUUGUUGUGAACCACUUAGGAUUAUUAUGUGAGAUAGCCAUAUAUUCUAAGCAGUAGUGAAAUACAAUUUUUUUUACUAUUGGUUCUGUGGGUGUGACUUGGAGGGCGUAGUAUGGCUUGGUGGGUGUGGCAGGGGAAGGAUACUGCAAAAUUUCCAUUCGAACCUCACUCCGGGGGAAAGAUACUGCAAAAUCCCCAUUCCCUCCCCAUUCCUGGGGAAAGGAUACUGCAAAAUCUCCAUUCCCACCCCACUCUGGGGCCAGCCAGAGGUCAUAUUUCCUGGUUCUCUGAACUAUUCAAAAUUUCCACUACCGGUUCUCCAGAACCUGUCAGAACCUGCUGGAUUUCACCCCUGAUUCUAAGUUAUUUAAAUAAAAAAAAUUGCAUAGGGCAUUUUACCAAUCCUUAUAGAAUUUUUUUAUUGGCCAAGUGUGAUUAGACACACAAGGCAUUUGUCUCCAGUGCAUAAGCUCUCAGUGUACAUCCCAAAGGUACUUUUUCAGGAGGCAACUGGACUUCCUUGAUAUAUUUUUUUUGAAGACAUUUCACUUCUCAUCCAAAAAGCUUCUUCAGCUCUGACAGGAAAGUGGAGAACAGAAGGAUUUCUAUUCGUUGCAGACAGCUGGUCAUCUGCAUCCUUUUAGAGGGUCGUUGAAGCACAUGCAGGUUUUUCUGUGUCCUCAGGAUCACCUGAGUGAUGCAAAUGGUUCCUGUAGUCUGCAAUUUUUCCUCUAGAAACCCAUCCCUACUUCGACAUCAUUCAAAGGGUGUAAUAGCCUUUGAAAUUGUAUAGCUAAAAGUGAGUUGAAGAAGCUUCUUGGAUGAGAAGUGAAACAUCUUCAAAAGAAAAAACAAAGUCCAGUUGCCUCCUGAAAAAAGUUUCGGGACAACCGUGGGCCACUAUGAACUGGCUUCUCAGUGUACAUAUAACAAUAGUGAUAGAUCAUUAUCAUAGUCACUGUAAAAUACAUUUAUCAUAAAACAUUAGAUACAAAACUUAGUGAUAAUCAUGGACACUAAGAAUCAACAUAAAUCAUACUGGGAUACUAAGUAAACAAUAUAAAUCAUAAGAUAUAAGCAACAAAGUUAUAAUCAUAAGAAACUAAGAAAAUGAUGUGAAUAAUGAUGGUUAUACUCCCUUUCUAAAUAGUUUGACAGUGUUGUGGGAAUCAGUUAUUUAGCAGAGUGAUGGCAUGGGGGGUGGGAACUGUCCUUGUGUCUAGUUGUUCUGAUGUGCAGUGCCCUAUAGCAUCGUUUUGAGGGUAGAAAUUGAAACAGUUUAUGUCCAGGAUGCGAGGAGUAUAUAGAUAUUUUCACAGCCCUCUUUCUGGUUUGGGUGGUAUACAGGUCCUUAAUGGAAGGCAGAUUGAUAGCAAUUAUUUUUUCUCCAGUUCUAAUUACUGAAUGUUUGUGCUUGUCUUGAUUAGUUGUUGUGCCAAACCAGACAGUUAUAGAGGUGUAGAUGACAGACUCAGUAAUUCCUCUAUAGAACUGGAUCAGCAGCUCCUUGGGCAGUUUGAGCUUUCUGAGUUGGCGCAGAAAGAACAUUCUUUGUUGUCCUUUUUUGAUGACGUAUUUGAUGUUAGCUGUCCAUUUUUGGUCUUGAGAUAUUAUAGAACCAGAAAUUUGAAGGUCUAUACUGUUGCUACUGUGUUGUCUAGUAUUGUGAGUAGUGAUAGCGUAGGAAGGGUUCUCCUAAAAUCUAUCAUUUCUACAGUUUUAAGUAUAUUUAGUUCAAGACUGUUCCAGCCACAUCACAAGGCUUGUUGUUCAACCUCCUGUUUGUAUGCAGAUUCGUCGUUGUCUCGAAUGAGACCAAUCACUGUUGUAUCAUCUGCAAACUUCAGUACUUUAACAGACGGAUCUUCUGAGAUGCAGUCAUUGCUAUAUAUUGAGAAGAGAAGUGGAGAGAGCACCCAGCCCUGCCCUCCCCCGCUAAUUGUACAGGUAUCUGAUGUGAUUCUGCCUAGCUUCAUCUGUUGCUUCCUGUCUGUUAGAAAACUUAUAAUCCACUUACAAGUGUGGUUAGGCAUGGCUAAUUGGUUUAGUUUAGCUAGAAGAAUAUCUGGAAUGAUUGUAUUAAAUCCCGAGCUGAAGCCUACAAAAAGGAUCCUUGCAUAGGUCUUUGGAGAGUCAAGAAGUUGUAGGAUGUGGUUCAGAGCCAUAUUGACAAUAUCAUCUGCCAAUCUAUUUACUCGGUAGGCAAAUUGCAACAGUGGAUCCAUGAUGGUUUUUAAAUGGGACAGCACUAGCCUUUCAAAUGUUUUCAUAACUACGGAUAUCGGAGCAACUGAUCUGUAGUCAUUCAGUUCCUUGAUGGAAGGGGUUUUUUUGGCUCUGGGAUGUUAGUAGAAUGUUUGAAGCAAGAAGGAACAUAGCACAUCUCUAGUGAUUUAUUAAAGAUGUAGAUGAAGAUGUGGGCCAACAAGCUUUCAAACAAGAAAGAGUUAUCUUGUCAGGGGCCUGGUGCCUUUCCAGGUUUUUGUUUGUGAAAUAGACCAUGCAUAUUAUUUUCUGUAAUUACCAGAGAUGGGGCCCCCAAAGAGAUGGGACUAGUUAUAGGAGGCUUGGCUGUUGUUAGUGUAUCUGAUAUGGAGAUAGUGGAGAUAGGUGACAGUGGUUUCCUCUCAAACCUACAGCAAAACACAUAUAUUUAUAUGUUUAGAUCUCAAAUAGAUUACUAUGGCAAGUUGCUUUGUCAACAUCACCUUGUUAAAGAGAUUAAAUAGAAGUAUGUUAUAUUAAGCAUACAUACAAAACCACCUUCUCAUACCAAAACACCUGAUUGCUUCAGAUGAUUAUACAGUCCUAUGAGUAACCAAUUUUGAGUUAAUAAUAAUCAGUAUAUGAUAAGCCAAUAAAGAUUAUUCAGUUGCUCAGAGUCAAAUACUGUUAAGUAUUACUGAUAAAAUAGGUCUUUAUGGAAUUAUUUGCGAUUAGAAAGGAGAAGAAAUCUAUAAUAUUUUGUCCUUGGAAACUAGAAAAGUUUUAUGCGUACAACUGACCAUUGUGUAAAUACUACUUUAAUGAUCAGAGAACUGUUUUACUUCAAGGUGUGCCUGAAAAAUAUUUAUUCUUGAAGUAGCAUAAAACAUGAUAUGAGCUAUUUAAAUAUUUAGAUAAUUAUAGAUAAUUAGUAUCUUUCUUUCAAAAAUCAAUAUUUUAAAUUUUGUUGUCUCUUUAGAUUGAUCCACGGAAACAAAAGGUUCUGAUUUCUUCACAUAAUUAAAUAUUAUAUUUAUUCCUGUUUAAUCUAUUUUAUUUACUAUUCAGGAUCAAAAUAUCAACUGUAAUAGAGUGAAAUAAAUAAAUGAAAUAAAUAAAUGUUUGCUUACAAAAACAGAAUAUGUUCACUAUCAGCCUAACACAAUCAAGAAAUUAAUUCAGAAUGCUCUUGAUGAUUAAGAUGGUGGCAUAUUGGCCCAUACAAAGCUAUCUUGAUCACACCAUCCAAGAGAGACAACAGAGACAGUCUUGUGGUGGCAUAUUCCUGAACUUUUCCUUCAAGACCAUAGAUGUACAGAAAUGUCAUUUUCUGUAGGAAGUAAUUAGGUAAAGAGAAAGUUUACCACAAAACCUUUAUUACUGCAGUAAUAAAAAGUUCUGGUCCUAUAUCUCUGCAAAUCCAGAUCAAAGAUUUGCAACUUAAUUCUAGGAUGCCUUAAUAUCGCCCUAACUGUGCCAAAAAUUGAACUGCUGUGUCACCAUAGUAGUAUUAUUCCAAGAAGAAGAUAAUCAACAUUAUCAACAAACCAUCUAAGGAAGAUAACUUUCACCAGUAUUUUGGCUGAUAGUUUAUCAAGCAAACUUCUACAGAGGCAAUGCCAAAUUCCAACUGAAGAAGGGUUGGCAUACAAUAAAGAAUUUGAAGCAUCACUACUUGGUAGAAUGUGGAUUGAGUUGCUUCUAAUGUUCUUUUUUCUUUAGAAAUGCAAAGUUGAACUCUAUAAAGUUGAAGAUUCAAUAUCUUGGCUCUGAAUUUCUGCCACAAGGACAAAAUUAUUGCCACAGUUAAGGCAUUGGAAGCUCUCUCUGCUUUAGUUCAGAUUUAUUUUGUGUUGCUUUUUUCCUAAACAUAAUACAUGAUUCAGAAGAUACUCUUAGAUACAAUUUUUUUUUAUUUAAGUGGGAACUAUUUGUUUUCCAAUUUGGAAUAUUGAUAAUUAAGAUCAAUUAUAUUUACAAUAAUGUCCCAUUUUUUUCUUCAUGUAUUGGUAAUUGACUGUAAUAAAACACUCCAUUCAUUGAUAAUUAAUUAAUUAUCAAUUAAUUACCUUGGUACACUCUGAGCCUGGUAGUUUUCUUGCAGAUGCUGUAUUACCAAA